AUGUCACUUCCGGGUAGCUUAAUAGAGGGAGCGGAGAGGCGGGAGAGCGACGCAGGCGGGGAAAUUCGGCUGGAUGUGGACUUGGGAGGGGAGGAAGGGAGGGGGGAAGAGAGACGGAGAGACGGAGCGCAUGGUGCAGCGGGUGGAGUUGGAGGAACGGUUGAAGGAAGGGGAUCGGCAGGAGAAGCCGAAACAGCAUCAGCAGUGGGAGCAGGUGCAGGAGCAGGAACAGGAGCAGAAGGUGGCGCAGGAGCAGGAGCGGCAGAAGCAGGGGCAGCAGGAGCGGCAGGACAAGCGGGGGUGUUAGCGGUAACAGGGACAGCAGGGAGCGAAGGUGAUUCAUCAGAGACGGCAAGCGACGCGGCAGGGGAAGCGGCUGCAAUGGCAAUCAUAGGGGCAAGAGGGGGAGGAGCAGGGCGAGCAGCUGGAGCGGCAGAGGGACGGUCAGAGACACAGGGGGGGAGUCCCACUGGUGGCAACCCUGGUGAGGACACGGACGAAGGGGCGAGAGGAGGGGGAGGGGAAGGGGGAGGCGGAGGCGGAGGCGGAGGGGGGACGGUAACGCGCGGGUCGGACAUGCACCUGGCUGCGCGGAGCCUGGAGCAGGCCGUGCCGUUCGCGUUCCUGCUGCUCUUCGUGCAAGUCCGGCAGCACCUGAUUGGCUUCUGCACGGUCGUGUGGCUGACAGCGACGCUCUUCAAGGCCAACGACUUCAUCCGCAAACAGGGCGCGCUCAAGGCGGACCGCAAUCCGGUGCUGCUGGCACUGGCAGCUGUGCUGCUGCUUGCACACGUGGCAGUUGUUAAUUGGCUCUUCUGGCCCGAGCAGCUGUGGAGACCGCUUCUGCUCAUACCGCCUGCUGAAGUGCCCCCUUUCUGGCAUGCUCUCUUCAUUAUAGUCACAAAUGAUGUGCUGGUGCGGUUCGCGGCCAUGGCAGAGAAGUGUGGCAUCCUCGUUACAUUCUCGCGGCUUCCUUGUUGCAUUCUCGCAGCUUCCUCAUUGCUCCUCAUUGUUUGUCCCACUCCCCCAUCCCCUCCUGCCUGCCCAUCAGACGUGCUGGUGCGCUUCAUGGCCAUGGCAGUGAAGUGUGGCAUCCUCGUUGCUCACCGCCGCAGCAAGGGGAUGCACAAUCGCCACCAGGCGCAGGUCCUAACCCUAGUGGAGUACACAACUCUGCUCUACCGUACCUGCCUAUGGCCGACUCACCGCCUCCCUCACCGCCUCACUCCUUCCUCUCCCCUCUCCUCUCUCCCCCACCAGGCGCAGGUCCUAACCCUAGUGGAGUACACGUCGCUCCUCUACCGUGCCUGGGUGCCGGCACCCAUGUGGUUUCUUGCCAGUCUGUUCUUAGCUGCGCAGGUCCUAACCCUAGUGGAGUACACGUCGCUCCUCUACCGGGCGUGGGUGCCGGCACCUGUGUGGUUCCAGUUCUUUCUCAACGACCAGGCAUAUGGCCGCCUCACCGCCUCCCUCACUGCAGGGCUCUACCUCGCGUUCAAGCUCUCCACCUCGCUCGACAGGGUGCUCCUCUUUGUGUCCGCUGUUCGCCAAGCGGUUGGAAAAGGCGAGCAGUAUGGGACCGAGGCCACGCCUGACGAGGUGGCAGCAGCCGGCAACAUGUGUGCCAUCUGCCAGGAGCACAUGACAGGCCCUGUCACGCUGCGAUGCCGCCACGUGUUCUGCGACGAAUGUGUCUCUGAAUGGUAA